CGAUGAGAUUACAUGCUUCCAUGGAGCUGUUGUGCAUCGUGGCGCGGCCGAUCCAAGUCGAUUCCCACUCGGCGCCGAUGCGGCCAGAUUCGAUGAUAAUUGUUCUGGCCAUUUUGAGAGUUGGCACCGAUGUCAGGACAUCGGACGUCUGAUUGGCAACUCUCGCCUGCGAGGGCGUCGCAGUCGCAGGCGGGCGCCGCAGCACCAGGCCCCGGCGCUGGCGCCGCGGCGCCGCCGGGGAUCUCGGGCGAGCAGCGGCUGCAGGUCGUGGAGGAGAUGCUGGAGCUGUGCCGCAAGGCGCACGCCGAGGCGAGGAGCGCCGCGCCCGACGGGUCGCGGGAGGCCCCGAGGGCGCCCGCCGCCAAGCUGCCGGCCACUUACAGGCAGCCGGUCGGCGUCAUCGGCACCGCGGAUCUCGCGAGGUUCGGCUGCAGCAGCGACAGGAUGCUGGUCUCCUGCUACGGCGACAUAUUUGAUGUCUCUGGCCGCCCCGACUUGUACGGAAGCGGGAAGCUCUCGUGGCACGCUGGCAAAGACAUCACCUGGGUGGUUGUCACUGGUGACGAGACUCCUGGCAACUGCAACAGGUUUUACGACAUCUUCAAGCUGGACCAGGACCGGCUGGCAAGGUUUAUGCAGAUAAUAUGCUGGAAGUUGGUGUCGUUGGAGGACGAGUUCGGCGAGCCAGUGGGGCGGCUGGAGCCCUUCAUGAAGGAGGACGAGCUGCCGCCGCCCCCGGAGGGCCCAGCCCAGGAGUGCAGGCAGCAGUAAAAGGGAAAGUUGCGCGCCUCUUCUCGCGGGUGGCUGCGGCCUUCACCUGCCAGAAAGAGUCCUGGCCGUUUCAACCGCUGCCUGCUUUUCGUUGCUCAGAUGCUAGCAGCAUGUGAACAUGCACGCGGUCAGCUUCGAGCGCGAGCACAUGUACGCAUGUCUUCGCUGGCUAGGACGUGCGUGUUGUCGUCUCUUUCUCCGCUCCGCCGUCGCGACGAAAUCUUGCUCGGAAGUUUGUUUAGGAUGCCGCCCGACAUGAGGCUGGAUAGAUGACGUUUCUUUCCCGCUAAACGGCGCCGCUCGCGAGAGAGCACGGCGGCGUCGGCGACCAGGGGGGCGCCCUCUUUGCAGGCGUUCGGGAGGCGACCAGGUCUUGCAAGAG